UCUCAGGACAGACGAUUUGCAUUUUGUGAGCCUAAUUACCUAUAUAAACUAAUAUACCUUCAAUGAACAUAUAUGUACAGGUGUUAUUGGAAUGAAACAAUCGUCGGAUCACAACCCGGUGUAGAACCCGUGUCAAUUGUGUUACGAGUGGCACUUAACAACACACGGAUACUGUAUAGCAGUGUUGGGUUUAGGCUGGCGGAUCGUCUACUCGGAAACCUUUUGGAGAUGUUUGCACUUGUACGUAUACAUAAUUUAGUGAGAGUUUUUAUUAACUCGUGGUGGAGAUAUAUAUAGGACCGGUAGUUCGAGAAGGGGAAUACGUAUCGGUGUGAAUAAGGCAGACGUGGAGAUAGCCAAGUAUGGCUGAAAUUAAUGAAUAUGUGGGGAUUAUUGCGCCACUGGAGACAGACAGCCGGACAGACAAUCGGACGAACAGACACAGGUGUAAACAUCACCCGAAGAAAAAAAUAAGGUUUGUUUGUGAAUCGUGUGGUGGGGAGAAAAUAUGCAAGAAAUGUUUAAAAUCUACGCACAAAGAUCAUCAGACCAGUGAUGUGUCUCGUUCAAACAAAAAACACCGCCAAGCGGGAACGAAACACAGCUUAAACGGAUUAAUUGAAAUUAUUGACGAUGAUUCGGGAAAACCUGUGGAUGUGGACAGAGAUGAGAAUGAAGAUACCGCAUUGAUAGACUUACAGAAGAAAUCCCAGACGACGAUAGAGGACAUUGAUGCUAAAGUAAAACAAUUCGCGAAGGUCAGGAGAGAUUUAAAACUGGCCACCAACGUAGAGGUGGAAAAGGUAAGAGCCAGGGCUUUCGUCCUGAAACAGCAGGUUGAUGAACUCACAAUGAAGCUCGAGAAAAGACUUAGAGACUUCAGAAAAUCAAAAGACGAGAUUAUUAAAGAACAUGAACGAUCACUGAAGGAAUACUCGAAAGUAUUAAAAGACUAUUGUACGAAAUGUAAACCCACGCAGACUGAUUCCUCGAGUGACUCUGGGCUACACAUUGAGAAAAGCUUUGACAUUCGACAGGAAAUGGAGCAGUUUCUUCAGAAAGAACAUCACAUACACAUCCCCGUGGCGACCAUGGAUGAGUUUGUUCCAUUCACGACCACGCUGGACCACAUUAUGAAGGUAUUUGGCGAUAUGGAAUCACAGGAGAAGGUGGAUGUUAUUAACCGCAAUCAAAAUCGUAUCGUGCCAACAUGUAUGGAUUACACAGAAAUUUCAGCUUUUCAAUUUGAAGGCGAGGUUAUGCGAUCCAUCUGUCCGACAGACGAGGGAAGUUCGUGGAUCGUGCGCGAAACACACAAUAUGGUGUAUACGGAUAUACAGCACGUGACAAACGACGGGGAAGUGGGAAUGUCGAGUGUGUUCGAUGCAGGUGUCCUUGACAUUGCUUCCAACAUGGCUGACCUUUCGCUUGUCUGCUGUACAGACAAUACUGUCCGAAGAUUGCUACCUGAUGGUCAGACGUUCGUCCGGUUUCGAACCGAGGCCAGACCAGAAAGUCUCUGUUUCCAGUCCAACAAUGACGUAGUGGUGUGUUUCUUUAAGAAAAAGAAAGUUGCUGUGUACAACUUAAAGGGGAGGCAACUUUUGUCUAGCACAGAUGCAAAGUCAGAAGCGGUUUUUAUAACACAUCCGUUUAGAGUUCGGUCGAACCGCAAAAAUAACGACAUAGCUGUGCUCAAUGCCAAUCCGUAUUCGUUGGUCGUGAUGAGCAAAAACCUCAGCCUUAAGUUCAUCUAUAAUGGCUCCACCUACUAUCCCGAGGACAUUCGAGAUAGAGGUUGGCCUCAAGUGUCAACACCAAACAUCCCGGCGGUGCUUCCGAACGACGUAUGCUUUGACAACAGACACAACAUCCUUCUCUGUGACGCCGUCAGUAAGUGUAUUGUGACCAUUGACCCCAACGGUGUUGUGAUGAGAGCUGUUUGUCCUGAUAAUAAUCUACCUUCGUCCCUGGCGUUAGAUAUAAACGGCUAUUUGUGGGUCGGGUACCACAAUGGACGGGUGAAGAUAAUUGAACAUUGAUAUCAGUAUUUUUACUUACGUCACAAUCAUUAAACCUUAGUUAUUGACAAUAUGGCGGACCGUAGUAAGUGGAGAGAGUAUUUUUUUAAAGUAUUUCGAAAUGUUCUCGAUAGUUGAAGUGUUUGAUUUUCAACUUAUGGACUAAGCCUGUUAAUUUAACACUAUUGAAAUCUUAUUGCUAAUUGAAUUUUCUAUAUUUUCCAGAUUAAGGAUUCGUUCACGUAAUCUUAAUAUCCUCUAUUUCUUUUCUUUAGAAAAAAUGCUAUAAUAAUACAAUACAAAAUAACUGUUAAUAAGGGAGAUAACUCUGUAUAACACCUUCUCAUUGUUCUGUCCCCCGUUACUAAAACAGUCGCCUCCAUGGAAGCAGAUUGUGUUGUUAGUAUUUUACAGUUACAUAUGUACUUCAGCAAGAAUGACGAUCUGUAAUUCUAUCAGGAAUUUUAUAUGGUCGCUGCUUCUAUUUACGAUACAAUGUAGUUGGGAAAUAUUGUGAGGUCGUUUUCAAUAGUGAUGACAGAUUACCUCCCUUUAACGACGUGUUCCAAUUCUAUUUUAUAUACAUCUGUUUAAGUGUGGAACGACCCCUUAUUAGAGUAUUUUUUAACCACCAAUAACUGCUCAGGUGGAAAGAAAUUGUAUAAAACAUUCAUUUAUAGUAUGAGUUGUAUGCUUUCCCAGAGGGACGGCCCUGUAGGUUGUGCAGUGUACAAAUCAUGCUUUCCCAGAGGGACGACCUGUAGGUUGUGUAGUGUACAAAUCAUGCUUUCCCAGAGGGACGACCUGUAGGUUGUGUAGUGUACAAAUCAUGCUUUCCCAGAGGGACGACCUGUAGGUUGUGUAGUGUACAAAUCAUGCUUUCCCAGAGGGACGACCUGUAGGUUGUGUAGUGUACAAAUCAUGCUUUCCCAGAGGGACGACCUGUAGGUUGUGUAGUGUACAAAUCAUGCUUUCCCAGAGGGACGACCUGUAGGUUGUGUAGUGUACAAAUCAUGCUUUCCCAGAGGGACGACCUGUAGGUUGUGUAGUGUACAAAUCAUGCUUUCCCAGAGGGACGACCUGUAGGUUGUGUAGUGUACAAAUCAUGCUUUCCCAGAGGGACGACCUGUAGGUUGUGUAGUGUACAAAUCAUGCUUUCCCAGAGGGACGACCUGUAGGUUGUGUAGUGUACAAAUCAUGCUUUCCCAGAGGGACGACCUGUAGGUUGUGUAGUGUACAAAUCAUGCUUUCCCAGAGGGACGACCUGUAGGUUGUGUAGUGUACAAAUCAUGCUUUCCCAGAGGGACGACCUGUAGGUUGUGUAGUGUACAAAUCAUGCUUUCCCAGAGGGACGACCUGUAGGUUGUGUAGUGUACAAAUCAUGCUUUCCCAGAGGGACGACCUGUAGGUUGUGUAGUGUACAAAUCAUGCUUUCCCAGAGGGACGACCUGUAGGUUGUGUAGUGUACAAAUCAUGCUUUCCCAGAGGGACGACCUGUAGGUUGUGUAGUGUACAAAUCAUGCUUUCCCAGAGGGACGACCUGUAGGUUGUGUAGUGUACAAAUCAUGCUUUCCCAGAGGGACGACCUGUAGGUUGUGUAGUGUACAAAUCAUGCUUUCCCAGAGGGACGACCUGUAGGUUGUGUAGUGUACAAAUCAUGCUUUCCCAGAGGGACGACCUGUAGGUUGUGUAGUGUACAAAUCAUGCUUUCCCAGAGGGACGACCUGUAGGUUGUGUAGUGUACAAAUCAUGCUUUCCCAGAGGGACGACCCUGUAGGUUGUGCAGUGUACAGAUCGAUUUGUAGGCAGUUCGAUCUGGGCAUGAUUUCGGGUCAGUACGAAAACCAACCUGAGCUAAUUAUCGUAAACGAUUAAUUUUUUAAUAGGAUCAUAGGUUAAUAAUUUACAGUUUAGUCUUUGUAUUUUGACACACUUGUGUAUGCAUUUUUCUAAUAAGAUACACAAGCAAAUACAUAUGUAUUACACAGUAGAAAAAGGAAAUAAAUCGACUUUACAUUUUUAGAUGUAAGCAGUCAUAUAUUAUACAUGAAAGGAGUACAAUAGUUCCUAUAAAUGUGUAUAACCCUAGCAAUGUAUAUGCUAUUCUUAUCACUGUGGUCCGUUUUAACUUGACAGCUAUUCGCGUGCAAGCGUGUGUCUACCCGACUCUAAUGUAGUCAGGCCAAUAGAUACAUUAAUAAAAUCAUAAUUAGAUAC